AUGGGGCACUCAAAUCUGGAGACUCCGUCCGAGGGGUUGGGGUGGUCGUCAGAAACGCGAACGGGGAGUUCAUGGCGGCAUGUGUUAGGCGAAUUGGCUAUGCAAACGGAGCUUAUGGCUGCAAUAGAGGGUCUGCAUUUUGCUAUUGAUAUGGGCUUUACUGAUGCUAUUCUAGAAAUGGACGCACAAGAUUGCAUUAAUAGUAUUCUUUCAACAGAGGAGUGCAAUGGAAUAGAUGGUCUUUUGAUUGAGGAGGUGAACUAUCUACUUCAUAAUUUUAGAGCAGUCGUAUGUCAAUGGACUCCAAGAUGCGGUAAUAAAGUGGCACACACUUUGGCUCAGUUUGCAUUUCAUUGUAACGAAUUUGUUACCUGGAUUGAGGAAGCACCAAGAUGGUUGCUCCUUGUGCUUGAAGCUGAUGUACUCUCUUUGGAGUGUUGA